AUGGGAUUCGAUCCUGCGGCAAAGAAGCACAAAGUGAUAUGUAUAUGGCACGUAAUGAUAUCUGAUUUCGAGACGUUCCGUUGGGACUAUUUGUGUGAAGUUUUAACUGUAGGAGACAUCAAAUGGAGAAGGAUUGAGCUCCCACCAUUCAAGCUUCAAAAUGAAUAUUGCCAACGCAAACACACAAUUUAUCUGAAUGGUUUUAUAUACUUUUGCACUGAAAAUUUUCUGAAAUUAGGUGAGAAGGGUAGCGACAAGAUAGUGGCAUUUGAUGUUGGGGCAGAGAAGUUCAGAGUGAUCACAGUCCCGAGUUUCAUCUUUAAUCAACCAAGGGAUGUUUAUCCGUCUAACCGUUUAAUAGAACUGGAAACCCGCUUAGCUCUAUUAACUAGAAUGAAGGAUUACACUGCCAAGCUAUGGGUAUUUGAUGAUGUUAAUGGGAACAUCAAAGAGAUGAAUAGUAGCACAAGUAUUAGCAGUAACCUAAACUGGACAGAAGUUACUAUUGAAUUACCUUAUUUAUGGGGCGAGGAUCGGGAUGUUUCUUUUCAUUCAGUUGUUGGGACUGAUCACAUAGUCAUUCAAUCCCGUGAAAAUCAAUCUAUCUUCACGCAUCAUUUAUACAACUGGAAAACCAAGUCUUGCAAACAGAUCGAUAUCAGUGGGUUUAAGUACCAUCCAUCAAUUUCCACGGUUUCAACUCUGACGGAGAGUCUUUUGCAUGUUCGGUAG